AUAAAUUGGAAUACAAAAAUAUUUUUCUGUUCUAUAACACAAAAUAGAUAAGUAUACGAAGUUUGAAAGUCUUUCGGUACCAAAAACACUACGUAAAACAUUAAUGAAAACUGUGGCCCCCGUUUUAAAAUAGAUCCGAAUUUUUUGCAAAUUGAAUCAAAUUUGAAUUUUUCAAAGGGACUUUGUUAGACAAGCUAAAACGCAGAAAACGGUCAACAGGCAUGCGCUGAAGUGUUUGCAAACGGUAGAAAGUAGGAGUUUUCAUCCUCGAAAGAAUAUUCGAUGACCACAAAUCGAUUCGAAGCUAGUUUCUCGAAAUUGGUGCUCAAGCCUUGAGAAAAAAAAAAAAAAAAAAAAGAAAGAAAAAUCAAACUACAUCAGCCGUAAGGGAAUACAUGUCUAUCUUAUCUAACUCGUCCAGUAGAGCCCACUGUUACUCGAACUUCGAUCUAACCCUGAGUUUGGGACAACAAACUCGAGUUGGAUAAACUCGAAUAGUACGCUCUUUGCUCAUUCUAACCGUUUUAUGAAGUCAAUUUUUUUUGUUAAAAAAUUGUUCAAUUUGCAGCUCCUCAAAGUGAACAGACUGGUUCUUUUAAGGUCAUUCUUGGAUAAAGUUCAAAUAGCAUAGUUCUCGAAUGAAAACUCUGCAGCUAUCAAGAACUUAUGAGCAUUACUUUUGCAUAAUACUAUUACUAAGAGCAAUUCACCAUACGUAGGCAUAAAGAAAAAAAUGAGCUCAUACUAAUCCUGAUAUAACGACCUGCCUGAAUGCGUCCACGUGGGAAUGGUGAAAUGACAACGCGUGUAUGUUUAUCAGCCCGUUCAUUAUAAAAUUUGUAUUCAAAGCUGAUGGUCCUGAUUGUCCAAUUACAUUUAACUUUUCUGCUCAUUGCAUACAUACGCUCUCAAUUUUCGUCAUGAACCGAAAGAUUUAUACCCAGAUUUCCGACGACAAACGAAGAAGAAUUUGCGAAAAAUCACGCUCCGGAAUGGGUGUAAAGGAUAUCGCACGACAUUUUUCCCUUAAAUACACCACUGUUUGGAACAUAAUCAAACGUUUCAACGAGACUGGUUCUUCUGCUGCCAGAAAAAGAGGCGGAGACAAGAGAUCUAUUCUCACACAUGAACAGAAAGAGAUCAUCUUGUCAUGGGUAGAUGCUAAUUGCUUACUACGUCUGCAAGACAUCAAAUCCCGUGUUCAAGAGGAGCUCGGAGUCAAAGUCAGCAUCAGCUGUGUUGACAGGGUACUGAAAGAAUUCCACUACACAUUGAAGAGUAUUGAACGAAUUAUGGAUGGAAAUGUCUGUCUAAAUAGGAUUGCAGAGAGUAGAAAGGAUAUUCUGACAACAUCACAUCUUGUGGAAUCUUCUACAUUAAAUAGACCAUUAGUGUUCUGUAACAUGAUUUCACACUGGCCAGCCUCAUCAUGGAAACCACGUCAUCUGGCUAAAUUAUUGAAUGGGAAGUCAGUCACGUGUAGACUGGGUUGUCUUCCUUGUUUUCAAGAAAGUUCAGAAAUCCAAUGGGAAAAGGAUAGUAUCCACCACAGUGUGUCCCUUGAUGACCUGCUGGAUUGGGUCUAUGGUGAGGCAACAACACCAAACCAGUUCCUACCUGAGUCUAUGUCACACUGCUCUCCUGACCAACUUUGGGCCUACAUUGACUACAAAUAUGUGAAGGAUGUUUUUGCUGAACAACCAGAGCUUUUCAAGGCUUUUGAUUGGAGUCAAUUUGGUGUUGGUGAACGUGAUGGUUACCAGUCCACUUUAUGGAUUGGCACCAGAGGUGCUCACACCUGCUGCCAUUAUGACACUUAUGGUUUCAACCUUGUGGCACAGCUUCAUGGAAGAAAGCGUUGGAUCCUGUUUCCUCCUGAAGACAGUGACAAGCUGUAUCCAACAAGAAUUCCUUAUGAAGAAUCCAGUGUAUUCAGUGAGGUUAAUAUAAAGAUGCCUGAUAUCUGGAAGCAUCCAAAAUUUAAGGCCUGCCAUCCAUAUGUGGUCACUCUUGAAGCUGGUCAAGUGCUGUAUGUUCCUCGACAUUGGUGGCAUUUUGUAGAGUGUCUAGAACUGUCCAUCAGUGCAAAUACAUGGGUAGAAAUGCAUGAAGAUAAUGAAAGUCGAGUAGAUGAAGCCAUUACAAGAUUGAUUUUUAGCAAAUGGUCUCAAGAUUGCCAACAAGAUUUCAGAAUAAACCCAAAGGAGGAUUUGGAACCAGAAAAUGUGAACUUGGGUUAUUUAUCACAGGCACUGUUUAUGGCAGCUGAUUCAUCUGUGAGGGCUACUUCCAUAGAUUUAAGUGUUGAAUCUAGCAGCAAUAUUUCUGAAGAGGAAUCUACUGAUAACCCAUUUCAUAUGAAAUUGCCUAACCAUCUUCAAAAUCUCUCAAACUGUAUAUGGAAUAUAGUUGGUGGGAAGAUUGAAAAUCUCCAAUCACAACAUAGCAUUACUCACAAGAACCCAAAGAACACAAAUCUUGAAAUAUCUCCUUCAGAUCAGGAUUCCAAGAAAAACUUUGAAGAUACUUCCGCUCUUGUUUCACACACAUUCAGCAAGUCAGCUGAACUGUCUCUAGAGGGAGAACAGAUUCCUAAAAAACUGAAGCUUGAUGUUACAGAAAAGACUCCGCGUAUAUAUAAACUAUCUCCAAGUUCCCUGGAAGGUUUUUUAGAUAAUCUUCAACAAAGAUCUUGGGAAAAGCAAUGCCGGAAGCGUCAUUGUUUAAAAGAUUUGCACUCGGUUUCAUUUGAGGAAGAUAAUAAAGACAAGAUUGAAGAAUUGCUCAAUGUUAACCAGGAAACAUUUUUGAAAUGUCUGCUCAAACCUGAUGUUGUGUCAUCAAUAAGUCAUCAUUUAAGACGAUACAUCCAUCAUAGUGACUAUACAUAAAAUCUGUUUUGAGCCCAUGGUUCCAGGGCUUAUUUGCAUUUUUAAAAGCAUUUUAGGCUGAGUGUUCAAGACUGAUGCCUGAAUGGGACACUUGUCUAUUGCAGGUUAACCACCAGGUGCCUUUGUUACCCAUUUUCAACAGAGAGUACUGGUACAAUGUGAAAUAAAAGUACUUUGCUCAAAAAUACAACAUGCUGCCCAGUCCAAGAAUUGAGCUCUCAAGCUAUGUGCCUUCAUUCAUUGUACAUAAAUGAAUAAAUUAAGCUAUUUUUUUA